AUGCUCACUUCGCAACCCGAGGCGCCCCAUGUCUCUCGAGAUGAACUGCGUGCUCAUUUCCACUACUUGGCCAUGCCGACGCUUGCCCAUUUCCUGGCGCUUUUCAUGCACGCGCCUGCUGCCUUUCCUCCGCACGGCACGAGCCUGGUCGUCGUAGACUCUCUUGCAACCCUCGUCGAUAACGCAUACCCCCGCAAUGUCGACGACCGUCUGCCCAGAAACAAGACAGAUCAGGCACGAUGGGCUGCAGGACGUCGAUAUACCGUCAUCAACGAGCUGAUAGCCACCCUCACACGCUUCGCUGCACUGCACGACAUCGCCCUACUAGUGACGAGCCAGACUAUUACACGCAUUCGUGGCGCUUCACGCGCAUUGUUGGUACCGGCAAUAUCAGGGAUUGAAUGGGAGAAUGGCGUUUCCACUCGUCUGGUUCUCUUCAGAGAUUGGCCCCGGCACGGCAAGGCUAAGAAUAAGGUACAAGCCGACAGCUUACAGAAAGCCCGAUUUGCUGGCUUAGUCAAGGCGAAUGGUGUAGCUCUCGCGGAAGAAGGCGGUGUGGGCAACCAUGGUCUUUGCGACAUGAACGUAGCAGCCGACGAUAUUGCAUCCCCUCUGUUCGUCCCAACAGAAGCCAGACCGCCUAAAAGAUCAUUCGCCGAGAUCGACGAGGACGUCGCUCGAGAACCCAAUUCCGACGAGCUCUAUGGCUGGAUAGAAGACGAUGAAGUCGCCACUGAGGGGUUGUUGAUGGAUGAAGCAGCCGUCAACGAGAACGACGCUGCGGGACCUCGCCUAGAUGUUGUCGCAGAGGGCCAUAAGAAGAAGGUAACACGGACAUCUACGCUUUGA